CAGGCAAUGUGAGCGCGACAGUUCCCUCGGCAAGUCUCAAUGACCGCAAGUGGCAUAAUGUUGUCGUGAAAAGACGCUGGAAAAAUGUGAACAUCUCUGUUGAUGAUCUUUCUCAAGGUGAGUAAACAAGCACUGAAAUCUAAAAAGCAGAUUUGUAGGCAAGGAUGUUUCCUGGUUUGCCUACCUUUAGGAAACAUGGCAAGGAAACAAUGGGUCCUGCAGUGCCCACUUUCAUGAAGCAUGGCUAGGAAACAAUCUUUCCUGGUUUGCCCAUCUCACGAAACAUGGCUAGGAAACAGUUAAUGUUUCCAAGUUUUCCCACCUUUGGAAAACAUGGCUAGGAGACAAUGUUUCCUGGUUUGCCCACCUUCAGGAAACAUGGGUAGGACCCCAAUUCAAGCUACUAGACAAACAUUUCCGUUUCAUAACCAUACUCAUUUCCAAAUUUUUCAGUGAGUACUGUUAUUCCGUUGAACAUCACUCAACUUCUCCUCAAGCCCCCAAGCACCGCAGUGGACACUGCCCUGUACAUCUUUGGCGGACCAUCAGAUAUUCGCUAUCCAGUCAAUUUCAAAGGCAUGAUCAACGACCUUGUGAUAAACAAAAGGAAGCCCAUCAUAUCUUACGUUCUGAAGGAUCCAGCAUACACUUUGCAUGGGUCGGGAAAACUUAGUAAAAAUUAUUGUCAUGCUGACGUGUAAAUUACUGUUUCCAUGAACCCAUGAUAUGGGUCAAUAUUUGGUGUUUUAUAUAAACUUCGAUAAAGAAUGUUUCAUCACAAUCAUGUAAUCAUAUAAUAUGACUCUACGUCAGGGACUUCGAUGUGUAGCACGGCCUUUAACCACAAAUGUGAACAUGCACUGUAGCACAAUUUGCACGAUUUUAAUAAAGAAAGAAAGGGUGACGGUAAUAAAAUUUUAAUAGACACUUCUCGAAUUUGCUUGAAAUCGAGGUGGACAAUGUUAAUGUAACCGUUGGCGUAACGUUAUAUCAGGG